AUGUCUACCCACAAAGCCCUAGUUCUCCAUGCGCGCGAUGCACCCCUCACCCUCGAAACCGUCCCCCGCCCUACGGUCUCAACCGGCGACGCAAUCGUCCGCAUCCUCGCUGCCGACAUCGUCCCCUACAUGAAUGAAGUCCUAACCAACAAACUCCCCUACCCGCUCUCCCUCCCCAUGACACCGGGAAACACGGCAAUCGGACGCAUCCACGAAGUCGGACCCGAUUCAGUCAGUCUCACGCCGGGCCAGCUCGUCUUCUGCGACAUUACCAUCCGCGCGCGCGAUAAUCCGUCUGUCUCGAUUCUCUACGGGAUCCAUGGAGGUGGAUAUCCGGCCGCGCAGAAACUCAUGGAUGGAGUCUGGCGCAAUGCGACCUAUGCGGAGUAUGCAAGGUUUCCAUUGGAGAAUCUGUAUCCGCUGGAUGAGGAUGUUCUCCUGGGGAGGUUGGGGUAUACUAUCAAUAAUCUGUGUCUUAUGCCUGUUGGUCUGGUCCCGUUUGGUGGAUUGUCCGAGGUAGAUGUCAAGCCUGGUGAGGUUGUCAUCAUCGCCCCUGCGACGGGGCGGUAUGGUGGCGCUGCUGUGGCCGUUGCACUGGCGAUGGGCGCGACUGUUAUCGCGGCUGGCCGGAAUGGGUCUGCGCUCGAGACUCUACAGCGGAUCCAUGGCACUGCGAGACUACGAACCGUGCAACUCACCGACGACGCCGCAGCCAAUACAGAGGCAUUCCGUGUGGCGGCAGGCAAAGCAGACGGAGCGGAUGUCUACCUUGAUCUCUCCCCGCCGGCAGUACAGGGGUCAUCACUCCUCGCAUCUGGUAUCCGCGCACUCCGCCCCUUCGGCCGAUGUAUCGUGAUGGGUGGCCAUUUGGGGAAUAUUGAAUUCCCGUAUCUGGAGAUCAUGCUCAAGAGUAUCCGCAUCCAGGGCCGGUUCAUGUAUGAUCGGAAGCACGUGCUGCAGAUGAUUCAGAUGGUGGAGUCGGGAUUAUUGCCCUUGGGAGAGAAGUCUGGUGUGACUCAUACCGAGGAGUUUGGGCUUGAGGGGAUCGAAGAUGCCUUGGAGGCCGCGGCGAAAUUGAGUGGGUGGGGUGGGCAUGUUGUUCUAAAGCCAUAGGAGAGUAUAAAGUACUACUAGUAAUGACUACAGGUGUUGCCGAUAUAGAUAGCGCACAUUGUUGGUAUAGAUAGACAAGUGUGCUACGGCCUCGCGGAUUAUCAAUCCACCAAGCCAAAGUGACCAUGU